AUGUGUAACACGGAGCGACGCCGAGGCCUGCCGUUUGGCCUGGCGUCACUUCUCAACUGCGAGGCGCGCCUGCACAGUUUCAAGCUCAGCUUGGAGGGAAGGGCAAGGAGGGAGGUGGAGACUUGGGGAGGGGUCUUGUUCAGAGUCAGACCCCUUCUAUACCUGUUGGUUUGUAACAGCUGUGAUGUCUCUGUAGGUUUUGCAAACAGUGAGGAAGAUGAAGAGAAGCCUGACACCCAAGCUCAAGCAGAAGAAGGAAAAGUGGAAGUAAUAAACAGACAGCCCAGAUUCACAGGCCGGACAACUGAGCCACACAAUGAUGGAUGUCACCCAGAUGUUACCUUUAAGCCUGAUCAAGGCCGGACAGUUGAGACACACUAUGAUGAGGGGCAUUCAAAUGCUACCUUUGAGCCCGAUCAAGGAUAUCAUCAAGUCACUGUAGAAAUUCAUCCUAGACACAACACACCAAAGUUAGAAAAUAAGGUUUCCUUCAGAAAAGGAAUUCGAGUACUUCCCAUUGUGACAGGGCAAGAAAACAAAGGCUUUCAAGAUGACAGAGAAGAAAGACCAAAGGAAAGACCAACUGUGAGACGAGAUCUGUAUGCUUACCCUUGGGACAAAUUCAGCCUGAAGUCAAUGCCAAUAGACUUGCAACAGUUUAAAAGACUGGAUGCUUAUGCAUCUAAGGUGAGUGUUAGGAACAGUGUGGAAAACCUGGUAAGCGUCCUGCUCCAGGAAGCCCGCAGUGACCUGGAGAAAGUCCGAGCCAUCUGGAUGUGGAUUUGCCAUCAUAUAGAAUAUGAUGUGGAAGGCUUCCAUAAUAAAGCAAAGAGAUCUUGUAAACCAGAAGAUGUCCUUCGAUCUGGAAAGAGUGUUUGUGCCGGAUAUGCUGGGCUUUUUGAACAAAUGUGCAGUAUUGCAGGGAUACAAUGCAAGACACUGUCAGGCUUCUCCAAAGGAUAUAGCUACAGUCUAGGCCAGGCCAUGACGGGGGAUAGUGAUCAUGCUUGGAAUGCAGUUUAUCUUGAUGGAAGGUGGCACCUGUUGGACAGCACCUGGGGAAGUGGCAGUGUGGAUGACUCUUGUCGGCAGUUCACUUUCAGAUAUAAUGAGUUUUACUUCCUUACCCACCCUGCUCUGUUUGUUAACGAUCACUUCCCUGAAGACCACAAGUGGCAGCUUCUGGAACCACCUCUGACGCUGCAACAGUUUGGAGACAAUGUGCGGUGCAGGUCUGACUUCUAUUCUGUGGGGCUAGUUGCAGCAUCCCCAGGAACAUCAGUUUUUGAAACAGAAAAUGGCAAAGCAACUGUUUUCAUUGAGAACCGUUCUCCAGCACUCUUCCUGUCCAAACUUAAUGGGGUAAAUGACCAUUGUUUAAUGACACUACAGAGGAAUGGGAUGAAGCUGGAAGUCUAUCCUCAAAGGACAGGGACUCAUAAAUUGGAUAUCUAUGCCAAAUCUUCCACUGAUAAGAGAGAAAACUACAGUCAUGUGUUAGAAUAUUCCCUGAAGUGCAGCUCUGUCAACAAAAGCAUCCACUUGCCCAAAGCACUCAUCCAGCCUGUGGGGCCCAGCUGGCACAGCGAAGAGAAAGGGAUUCUGAGGGCCUCGCCCCUUGACCCAGUCAUCCAUACUGAUGAUGGGCGCUGUGUUGUCACUUUCACUCAGAGUGAAGAUCUGGGUGUUUUUGCCACACUGGACUCUGAUACCAGCAGCGUGCCAGAUGCUACAAGGAGGCGACACAUCUGGAAAACCUGCCGAGGAAACCAGGUGGAGUUAAUGAUUCACCUCCCCCAUGCUGGUGACUUUGCUCUUCACAUCUGGGCAAAGCAAGCAUCUGAUCAGAGUGGCAAUCACUGUGCCCUCAGCUACCUCCUCUCCUGUCCAAACAGGAGUGCGAGAUGGCCAGUCUUUCCGCAGAGUUAUACAAACUGGGAGGAUGGCUAUGAGCUGGUAGCACCUCUUGCUGGUAUACUGCCAGCCAACCGCAAGGUGCAGUUCAAGCUCAGACUUCCUGGUAUAGCCAAGGUCUCUGUGGAAUGUGGAAAGACGUACCCACUGAGUCUCAGUCAGGAGGGAUUUUGGGAGGGAGCUUGUCACACCUCAGCUGGCUCACAAGUGACAGUCAGGGUGUUCAAAACUGCCAACAGUAAUACCUCUUGGUCUCUGUUGGAGUACAAAGUGGAAGCUCACUAGGUGAGAGAGAAGCAAUUAGGUAAAUAGGCUGUGGAGUUAUAGAAUCUAUAUAACACACAGCCCCUGUAACUUGGGGAAUUAGCAGAAUGACCAUAAUUUCUGCACCACUGGUGCAGCCCUGGCACAGAAUUUUAGGUGCUCUAUCAAUAAAACAAGUAUGAAAUCUCUUUCAGAUAUAUGUAUAAUGAUAAAAAACAAGCCACAAGGAGCCUGAUCCAGCCUGGGUGUGCAGUGCAUGGCAAGUUUUUUGUUUUUUAAAAAAUAUAUCCCUGUACCGAAAAUCACACUGCAAAACCUCCUUAAAAAAUAAGUGUGUGUGUGUGUGUGUGUAUAUAUACAUACAUACAUACACACACAUACACACACACACACACACACACACACAUAUAUAUAUAUAUAUAUAUACACACACACACACACACACACACACACACACACACACACACACACACACCAAAAAAUGGCAGUUUUUUAAAAAAAGAAUACCCUCAUGAGUUUGAGACUCUUAUUUUAAAAACCACAUAACAGUACUUAGCAACUGUUCUGGAGAUUACUGAAUCUUCCUCCAUUUGUGCCUAAAGCUGCCUUUUGCUGCAAAUAGCUGCUUCAGGGGGCAAUUUUCAGCAUGGAAUCACUUGCCAUGCAACAGUCUGGGUCGGACUUGUCGAUAACUUAUUUUUAAUGAUAUAAAAGGAAUGCUCCCAGUUUACUUUUGGAUUAUGGCUGCUUGUCAAUGACUGGCUUAAUAUCACAUGUAGUUGGUCUUAAUUAGGAGGAUGAAAACCUUUUUGGUUCUCAGAGACUGCUUGGGGAUGAACAUUAUGCCCUGCCUCCUUCUGAAAAUCCCAACUGCAUUGGAAGCAAUAACUAUACGGAAAGCAAAGUUCAGCAAUAAUAACAGGAAAGUGUUGCAGAGGCUCUGUGUAUGUGAGAUUAUUUAAUUCCACACCAUAUUCAGACACGUGUGCACAAAUCUUGCAAAAAAUAGAUGGUAGGAGGUCUUUACCAUUAAAUAAAAUGUUAUUUGUAUAUAACUUUAUUUAAUGGCAAAGACUUCCUACCUUCCAUUCUCCAACAAAUCCAUAUUAGCUUUCUUUAAAUUUAAAAUAAUUUUAUAUUAUGGCAUUUUAUGCAUUAGCAUCCUAUACCAAACUUCCUUUCUCUAGUGAUCAAUUACUGGAGGGAGUUAUUUAAAGGUUCCUGCUAUCAAGAUACAAUUAUGUGGCUGGAUAUGAUGGGAGUUGUAGUUCAAUAACAGCUAGAGGGCCAAGGUUGCCUACGAUUCUUAUGGUCAAACUGGACAUGCACUUAUCAAUAAGAGGCAUGCUUAAAAUUGAAAGUGCCUUGCAUUUGACUAAAAGCAGCUGUGGGGCCUCAAUUCUGAUUGGGAUUGUGGCACAUGGGAAGGGAGAAAAUUAGCUCUUUCUCAUUGUUUGGUUUCCCUGCUGAAAACCCACCCGCUCUGCUGAAGCAGCUAUCUGCCCCCAAAGCAACUAUUUACAUCAAAUAUGGUGUGAUGGAAAAGUACUACGUUCCCCCUUCCUAUGUGCCAUGGUCCUAGUCAGAAUCAGCCUCCCCCAACAUGGCUGCAAUUUCUGGGGGUGAGGGCAAUACAAGCGAACAGGUUCAGAGAAUAUUGGCUCCUGGAGGAGAGGGCUAUUGCCCUGCUUUCCGGAGGCAUCUGGUUGGCUUGUGGGAAACAGGAUGAUGGUCUAGAUGGGCCUGUGAUCUGAUCUAAUGGGGCUCUAAUUAUGUUAAAUUUUCUGAUCUGAUCUGAAAUCCAAUAUUUCCUCAUCAUUAUACUCAUCACUGUGCACCCUUUCUGAUGAUAUAUAUUAUAUAUAUAUUAAUUCGAUUUCUAUACCACCCUUCCAAAAAUGUGUCAGGGCGGUUUACACAAAGAAAUAAAUAAUAAAUAAUAAGAUGGUUCCCUGUCCCCAAAGGGCUCACAUUCUAAAAAGAAACACAAGACAGACACCAGCAACAGUCACUGGAAGUACUGUGCUGGGGAUAAGUGAAGCAACCACUUGGCAUUUUGGUUUCUUGUAUGAUGGGCCUGGGCCAUUCACCAUCUCUUACUUUAAACUACCUCACAUAGGGUUUUUCAAAGAAAUGAAAUGGGUGGGAGAGAUGUAAGCUGCUCUAAGCUCUUUGCAGGAAGAAUGAUAUUUUUUUGUAUAACAAUCAGAAACAGCAAUCAAAUCUCACAUUUCUGACUGAUCAUUGCAAGUACUUUUUUUAAAAACUUGAACUUGUUACUUGAGAUGCAUUAUUUAUUACACAUCUUUUCGCUUGUCCAUAAAGUACAAUAAAGCAUUGUGAAUCUCUUG